CUGAAGCGUCAAAUAAGUGCGUGAAAUCGGCUCGCACAGCGUCGCUUACAUUUGUUUAGCCAUGAAUCCCAUGAUCGUUGAAAUGGAAAAAAAUCGAUCACGUUCCAAAACUUUUUACGUGAAAACCGUGUCUUAAAAUAUCCUCGUACAUUGUAUGUGUGCAUGGGCAAGAUUGUGACAUAUAACUUUUUUUAAUGCCAAACAUAUGAGAUGAAUGGUGAGUUGCUAGAAGCUCAAAAGGAAUGGAUAAUGCCAAUAUUUGACCGUUUUAAAGUGUCCUACAAUCGUGGCUUUAUUCCUGAUAAAGAUCCAUUGUUGAAAUUCACAAAUCCAUACUUUGAACCUUGGGAUGAAGUAUUUCAAAACUUGACUCAACUAAUUGCAUCAGGAAAGCUACGUACGAUCGUGGAAAGUUUGCCUUUAUUGGAUCAUGCUGUGUUGGACCGUGAAGAAGACUGGGCCAGAGCAUAUCUGGUUCUUUCUGCCUUGGGUAAUGGUUAUGUUUGGCAAAAUGGUGAACAUGACCCUGUGAAGGUUAUUCCGAAGAAUUUGGCAAUACCUUGGUUUGCUGUAGCAGAAUAUUUUGGGUCUUGUCCUGUCAUCGCUCAUUGGAGUGGCAUUCUAAACAACUGGAAGAUAAAAGACAAAACAAGAUUUCUUGAUGUUGACAACAUCGAAACUCAGUUUGUAUUCACAGGUGCAAAAGACGAAUUUUGGUUUUAUGCUGUAACUUGGCAAUUAGAAAUGCACGCUGUUCCUGGGAUCAAGAGUGUUGUUGCGGCUCAAAAGGCCGUUUUGGAUAGGAAUACGGACUUGUUGAUCACUUGUUUAUCUAUUUUACAAGAAACUAUUGGACGUUUAACGAAAACUUUAAAUAAAAUGUUUGAACAUUGUCGUCCAGAGGUCUUUUACUCAAAACUGCGAGUAUUUUUAGCUGGGUGGAAAAAGAACAAAACUUUACCUGAAGGAAUUUUGUACGAAGGAGUCAGUAAAAUUCCAUUAAUGUUUUCAGGAGGAAGUGCAGCUCAAAGCACGACCUUUCAAAUUUUUGAUGCUGCCCUUGGAGUUAGUCAUCCAAAGAUUGAAGAUGGUGAAAAGUCCUUUUUAGAAUCUAUGUUAGAUUACAUGCCUCGUUGGCAUAGAGAAUUUGUUUUGUAUGUUCGAGACGGACCUUCAAUUCGUGAAUAUGUGUUGAAAAGCAAUGACCACAAACUCCAACAACUUUAUAACGAAUGUAUUGAACGUUUGACAGAAUUCCGUAGCGAACACGUAAAAAUAGUCGCAAGAUAUAUCACAAUUCAAGCGACAAAAAGUAAGAACGUUAAUGUGAAAAUGCUCGCGAAUCAAGGAACUGGUGGAACUGGUGUCAUGCCAUUUUUAAAAGCAGUACGACAAAAAACGUCUGAGAGGAAGAUUCACCUUGAAAAUGGUUUUGAAAAAAAUAUACCGUAGUUUUAUUCGUAGUUGUAUAAGUAAAUUAAAAUCACUGGCGUAGCCAGCCUGCAAUAUUUUUCUUGCUAUGUAAAAUUUUCUGUGUAAAAAACAAUAGAUUUCUAAAGGAAUGAAAAUGCAAUUGCUAUGAAAUUUACAUAGCAUGACUAAACUUGCAGGAUGGUUACGCUAUUUAUAUAAUAUAUAACUAAAAUGCUUCAAAUAAUAAAAAUAUGCAAUCUUUAAUAUUUUUGUAUCCAUUUUUCUGCGAGACUAAGGACCGUUUCAAACGUCGAACUUAACUUGCGCCGAACGCAUUAAAGACAAAGGAUAUAUAUAGAGAUGAAAUUUCUCAUUAUCUUUUGUUUUAAGUGCAUUCGGCAAAUGCAAAGUUCGACAUUUAAAACGGACCUUCGAUAAAAAUAAAGGGAUUAUUACAAGAGACAGGGGGAAAGACUUUUUUUGCCAUAAAUGGACUAUUUUUCAAUUUCUUCAAAAAAGAUUGUAAAACAUUUGGAAGUUUUAAGAAAUGUAUAGUUUGUAACGUGUGAAUGAUGUGACUGUUAAUGAUGUGACGUCUAAUAAACGCCCCGUAUCAAAUAA